AUGUUAAUUGAUGGUAAAACAACGGCACCAAAGCUGAAGGAGAGAGGACAGUGGUCUAGCAAGAGCGAAUAUUUUUUUGCAGUAGUUGGAGAAAUCGUAGGUCUUGGCAAUGUUUGGCGGUUUCCCUAUCUGUGCUUUAAAAACGGAGGAGGUGCUUUCUUGGUUCCUUAUGUUUUGUUCCUGUUUGCAUGUGGAAUCCCGAUGUUCUUUCUGGAAGUGUCUCUGGGACAGUUAACUAGUCAAGGUGGAAUCAGAAGUUGGAAGAAAAUAUGUCCUUUAAUGGAAGGUUUAGGCUACGGCACUCAAAUGAUUGGGCUGUACCAAGUCAUUUAUUACAUCGUCAUCCUGGCCUGGGCUUUUCUUUACCUCAUAUCUUCCUUCAGUGCUGAACUCCCCUGGGCUCACUGCAACAACACCUGGAACACAGAACAUUGCAUCGAUCGUGGACAGAAUCAUUCAUCAAAAGACCAAAAUCUCAUUUCUUCAUCUGAAGAAUUCUGGCAGAGAAGAAUCUUGGGUUUGUCACGAGGAAUUGAAGAGGUGGGUAGUCUCCGCUGGGACCUGGUAGGGUGUCUUCUGCUGAGCUGGAUUGUUUGUUUCUUCUGUGUCUGGAAAGGAGUCAAGUCCUCAGGAAAGGUUGCCUACUUUACAGCAACCUUUCCUUAUGUCAUGAUAUUUGUCUUGCUGAUCCGUGGUCUGACAUUGCCCGGAGCUGUGGAUGGUAUUCGUUUUUAUCUCUCUCCUGAUCCAGCUCGACUGGCUGAUUCUCAGGUGUGGUUGGAUGCUGGCAGCCAGAUAUUUUACUCCAGUGCUAUAUGCAUAACUUGUUUAAUAUCUCUGGGAAGCUACAACAAAUACAACAACAACUGCUACAGAGAUGCGUUCACCAUGUGUAUGUUAAACAGUUUAACCAGCUUCAUUGCUGGUUUCACUGUAUUCCCCGUUCUUGGGUUCAUGGCACAUGAGCUGGAUGUUCACAUCUCAGCAGUGGCUGAAUCAGGUCCUGGUCUGGUCUUCAUUGUCUUUCCUCGAGCAGUAGCAAUGAUGCCUUUACCCCAACUCUGGGCUGCAUUCUUCUUCAUCAUGAUUGUCUUCCUUGGGUUGGACAGUGAGUUUGUACUUCUGGAGGGCGUGAUCACAAGCAUCUCAGAUAUGUUUCAGUCCUUCUUUUUAAUUGGACAUCGACGUAAACUGCUCCUGCUGGCCAUCAGUGUUUUCUCCUUCCUUGUUGCUCUGUUUAUGGUCACUGAGGGAGGCCUUUAUGUAUUUCUUCUGUUUGACUAUUACGCUUGCAGUGGAAUUCCAAUAAUCACUUUGGGCAUUUUGGAGGCCGUCACUAUGGGUGCUGAUCGAUAUUACAGUAACGUGGUGGAUAUGAUUGGUUCGCCAUGGCCUUAUAUGAAAUAUUGUUGGCAGUACAUAACACCAUGUUUGUGCACAGUUGUGCUGCUUCUUUCUCUGAUCACCUUCACCCCACUGACGUACAACAACACGUACCAGUACCCCUGGUGGGGCUAUGCCCUUGGUCUACUUUUCUCUAUCUCGUCAGUUGUAAUGGUUCCGCUGUGGAUUCUAUACAGUGUGGCUGUGACUCCAGGAACACUGAGACAGAGACUGAAAGUCCUGACCACUCCAUCAGAUGACCUGCUCAGAUCAUCAGUGAAGAGGAGUUUCCACUCUGAAACAAGUCCACCCCACCCAACGCUUGAGAUGUGCAUUGAGGGAAACUGAGUGGGUUUGAUCACUGUGGGCAUAUGUCUUACAGGUGUUUGAGUUUUAAGGAAUGACAACUGUACAGUAUGAAACUUUAUGCUUGGUUUAGAUUUGAAAUCAUCAGUGAAGCAGAUCACCUAAAA